AUGAGUGAAGCUUCAGUGAUACGCAAGGCUGCACAGGCCCAGUCCACAGCCAGCGGUAACACUCAGAUGACAUCACGACAGCCAUACAUCAGUGAGACCAUUGCCUCCAAACGUGUGUGCUUUUACAAAAGCGGUGAUGCCCAGUUCAGCGGCCUACCUGUGGUCAUCAACAACCGCACCUUUAAAACCUUCGUGGCGCUCUUGGAUACCCUGUCCAAGCGCAUGCCACUGCCAUUCGGCGUACGCACUAUCACAACUCCUCGCGGUCAUACGGCAGUUCAGUCCCUUGACCAGUUACAUCAUGGCCACUCAUACAUUUGCUCUGACCGUCGGACCGUCAAACCCAUUGACCUGGAGAGGGCACGCCGGAAACUGCCACCCUGGUAUCACGCCCGGCCCGUUAGCGCCCGGCACUCGGCUUGGCAGGUGCACAGUCACGCUGCGCGUGGAACUCGCGGUGCAAGACGGAACGAGCAUGCCGCCCUGUUGCGCACGCCAAAACGUCUGGUGGUGUUUCGUAAUGGAGAGUCAGAGGUAAAGCACACACUGAUGCUGCAGAAGAGAACAACUCACUCAUUUGAAGCGCUGCUGGAUCACAUAUCGGAGCUUAUGCACUUCCCUGUACUCAAGUUACACACUCCUGAUGGAAGAAGGGUGGAUGGACUUCCUGCAUUGAUAUUGUGUUCUGGAGUGUUAGUGGCUGCUGGCCGAGAACCCUUCAAAAAAAGAAACUAUGAUGUACAGAAGCCAUCUCCACCGACAUGGCUACCGGCUAAAAGAGUGGGAAGGCUACAUCCAAAAGCCCGGAAAAAGAAGUUCAGCAGCAUCACAUCUCACCCCUUCUCACAAUCCUCUGAACGCUACUUGGUGAACCAGAUACACCACAGUAUGGCAGGAAGCAUGUGUGAUUUUCCAAGUAACCCAACUCGCUCUAUGGAAAUAGAGUCGGGACAGUGUCUUGAGUCAGUUGCUGAGACGGACAUGAUUACCUGUCUGGAUGGCGAGGGGGAGGCAGAUAUACACAUACCCCCUGAUGAUGACAUCGAGAAAUCCUUUCAAGUCAAUCAGGAUGGAAGUAUGACUGUAGAAAUGAAAGUACGCCUCACUAUUAAAGAGGAGGAAACCAUUCAUUGGACCACCACAGUAAGUCGCUCCAGUGUGAACAAUCAAAUUAAAGCAGCCUCUGAGUCCUGUUCUAAUCUGGAUGCUCAAUUACCCAACAACUUGCCCACAAUCAGUGAUCUUAUGACCACAGAGGUCAAUGGGAGUGACCCUAAAGACAGCAACCCUACCUGCCAUGAGGAAGGUGGUAAGGCAAAUGAACAUAGUGAAAUCAAUGGUGGUGCAGCAAGCAUCAAGUUAGAGCCCCUUAUGCCCCUUACCCACUCUCCAGGGUGGCACAAGGUACAACAAAAACAGUACAUCGAGAGCAACAGUUCGUACUCCUACAAGGAAGAGCUGGACAAUGGAGAAAUGAUGCAAGAAUACUGCAUGGUUCGCCAUUCCAGCCAUCCUGUACCCAAGCCCCGAGGCUCUUUGCUCUGUGAAAUGAAAAAUAUCACCACCACACAGCAACAGUCCAGCAGCUACAGAGCUUCAGAGGUUCUCCAGCUCCAGGAAAAUAGGAAGGAUGUGUAUGAGACAGUGUUACAAAUCUAUGAUAAGCAGACUUGCCAAGAAAACCUCUCUGGCAACACGCAACUUGAUUUGCAAGGUUUUGGCAGUUCACCAUCUACUGACACGGUCUUCCCAUCAUCUUCAGAUAAAACAGUCCAUUCAUCUAGUGAUGAUAUGGAAUCUGAGACCUUGGCCUUGGCUUCCACCAAAUGUCAGUCAAUUAGGAAACAAGAAAACCCCUUUAUACACCAUACUUCCAUUUACAAUGCAAGCAAAGAGUUAGUAACUCAUCCGCCGCCUGUUACUGCAUCCACAAAAGCAUCAUUAUCUAGAGGAAUUUUAACUCCUGGUACAUCCAUAAAGAGGAAGCCAGUGAGAGUAAUUGUGAAAAAGAAUCACUUGUUUAAGACUGCUACUCCAGAAAGAAAACAAAAGGAUGUUAAAGCUGAAAUUCUGAAAGAAAUAAAGAAAAUAAGAGCUGACAUAUUAAGCCAGACAGGAGCAAUGAAACUUAAAAAGCAUUACAGAGCCAAAGCAGUUCAGAAACUUCUCAAAAGCAGGAAUAAUGGUGGUAAUGGAAGCAUAUCUCUAAAGCCUCAAACAGAGCAGUUAGAGAGUAGUGUUCACCUGAAAAGAGAAGAUUCAAGCCUGUUAUUGGUUGAAAAAGAAACCCCUACUAAAGUCUUGGCAAAGACAAACUUGCUUCAUGCAUUACAGAGCAAAGGUACAUUAACACGACAAACAUCAAUCUAUGAGGAGAGUGGUUCUCAAGGAGAGACUCAAGAGAUCAGUCAAAGUAUGUCUCUUCCUGCUCUCAAUUCCUCAGCCUCUCUAAUGAAAGAAUACGUUGAACUCUGGCUACAAACGAGUCAGCCUGAACCAACUCCUCGCCUUGAUGAAGAACCACAGAAAAACACAAGCAGCUUUCAUAUUGUUGGAGAGCAGGAACCUUCAACAGAAGUGUCAGAGAAAAAUUGUGAACUUGUGGAGGGAGGAGAGGGGUUUGAUACAGUUCAGAGGACUGCAGUAGCAACAAACCCCUUUUCAACAAAUGCCACAUCCCAAGGUCAUCUUGCUUCCGAGAGAACUUCCCCUUAUAGAAAUUUGCCAAGAAGUACCUCAUUGAGAAGGACCCCUUUGAGUCAUGAAAUGACACCAUUGCCUAGAAAGCUGACUUUGAAAAAGUCCUCCCAUUCCUUAUAUUCUAUGUUUGAAAAAAAUCAAUCAGCUUUGGGAACCUCUUUGAAAAAGACUGGCAAUGUUCAUCUUAAAAGGACACUAUCUCCAGUAAAUACUAUGCAAGGCACUCCACUGCCUAGCCAGCCCUCAUUAGAAACUAUACCCAAAAACAACACAUUGGUAAAAGCAUCUUUGUUCAAUAAUCAAUCUGUUGCAAAAAUGGCACCAUCAACAAAUGACACUGUUGACAAGAAAGAGCUCCUCGGACUUUCGAUCAAAAAGCAAACCCUUUUAAACAAAAAUCAAUUAAAUAGUGAUAACUCAAAGAAAAAGGAAAACCAGUAUUUUGAGUCAAAGAGUAAAUCCUCCACAAAUGAUAAAGAAGAAUCUGAAAAUAGAUCAUACGAUAUUCAACCAAAGCCCCUGACAGAACAGAUAAAUUUGCAAGCAGAAAAGUUCUACACAGUCAAAAUGGCUGUCAGGCCAGAUAUGAAGCCUGUGCUUGAUCAGCUUUGCCAUUCUAUUCGAUCACUUUUUGAAAUAACACGGCACAAGCAUUCAUCAUGUUUGAAGAAGUCCCAAAGUGUGCCAGAUUUUUCUUCACACCUGGCAUCUACAUUUGGCUCCUCAUCCAGAGUACUUCUUGCCUUUCUUGCCAUUAUGACUUUAAAGGAAGGUUUAAAUCACUUAAAUGCAUGCCGUCAGGCUGAGAGCAACAUAAGCUGCUCUGAGGCCAUGUUCAUGCUGCAAUUUCUAAAGGAACUGGCAGGAAUAGAAGAUGCAGAGCAGCUGCAGGCAAGUCUGACAGACCUGCACACCUCAGCAUCUGUUCAGUUCCUACAGAGCUGGAAGGGCUUCCAAGAAUUGAGCAUUAAGAGUCUCAGUGUCAAACCAGACUCCACUGGGAAUGAGUCCCUUCAUAGAUCAAGUUCAAAGAAUGAGGAGCAGGCUAUCCAAGUGCUAAUGGGAAAUUUAGGUGUUCCUGAAAGGGUCAGAGAGGAGCUAGCAGCCUUCAGCAAUGUAGAUAAUUAUGUGACAUGCUAUCAGGAUGAAAACAUUGAGGUUAAUGAUUCGCUCCCAGAAGUGAAUGUCAAUGGAUUUUCAGAGCUUUACUACAGAGAAGACAUGGUUAAUUCCUCAGAUUUUGUGCUUGAGGAUUAUGUGAACUUUUAUGUUCAUUCAAUUAUUGAUAGAGCGGUAAAUGCACAUAUUAAGGAGAGCUGUAUAUUACAGAAAGACAUUGUUGUGAUGGCUGAUAUACACAAGAAAGAUUUAAGAGAUGAAAACAUCUACAAUGUAAAGACAACUGAAAAGGGUGACUCUAUACCUGAUUCAGAUAUCUGUGAGGACAUGCCAUCUAGUGAAUCUAGCUUUGGGGCGGAGAUGCACAGAGAGUUGGUUUUCAAGAGAAUAGAAGGCAGAAUUGAGGAAGUAAGACAUGAAGAAGAAGCAGUCAAAAAACAUCAGGAAAUGGAGGAAGAGAUGAGAGUAGAGAGACAAAGGGUAAUUGAUGAGGGAAGAGGUACAUUUGAAGAAAACAGUUCUGAAGUAGAGAAUCCUAAAUCUAUGGAAGAGGUGAUGAGAAAAGUGCUAAAGGAUAAAGUGGUAGAUAGAGAUAGAGCUAAACAACAAGACUCUAAAUUGUUCAAGUCACUUGUUAGCUGUGAAGGAAAACUGACUUCCUCUGAAGAUGAAAAUUUAAAUCAAGAACUAGAAGAUGGUACAUGUGAUGAAGGGCUUGACAACAAAUCUUUCAAUGAAGAAAAAAAUCUUGCUGUGAAAACUCCAAUGCCAAAUGAUGGAGUAGAACAGAUAUGCUCAAACAAAGAGAUAUCAGGACCUUGGCAAAGUGAGUGUCAGACAUUUCCAACACAAGACCAUGCAUUUUCUGAAGAGCAAGGUAUUCCUAAUGAUAUUCACAUUGAACCAAAUGUGGAAGUGGAUGAGAUCAAAUGUUCAAAAACACAUCAAGACUUUUUUAUGGAAAGUAUGACUUAUUCUGAGGAGGAAAAUGUAAUCAUAGAGCCACCGGAAUGCUACACCAUUUAUCAAGAGGACUUUGAGGAGCUUCCAGAGGAAGGUAUUGAGGAGUAUGAAGAAAAUAAGAUUGAUUUUAAGGAAGAAAGAGCAAAUACGGUGGCACAACUUAUCAGUAGUCUACAAGAUCAAGAAAGAACAGUGGACAGAAAGCCUUAUAAUCCUGCUCAGAGCUCUGGUGAAAAACUCUUGAACCACAUGAACACAACAAAUUUAGAGGCACCAAAGAUUAUCAAGCCCACCAAGAGUGCUUCUAUAGAUCUUCUCUCAUCUUCACUGGCAUUCAGCUACGAUUCCAAAAACAGUGCUUUGUCUAAAGAUCCAGAGGCAAACAUCCAGAUCAACAGAGUAAAAUCUAUUCGAGAAAUGUUUCUUGCAAAGAGCAACACUGACAUGCAGCAUGGACAGACAUGGCCAACCAGCCCAAGUUCUGAUCUGUCAGAUUACCAGCCAGAAUCUUCUGACAGCAGAGAACACCAGACAUCAACAUCCCCAGAGGUAUCAACAGAAGAUAAAGACACAUGCAGGUUGGCCAUAGCCAAGGGUUAUGUAAAAAGAACAAUCGAGAGGCUGUAUGGAAAAGGUUCUAAAGGAUCUGGUUCUGAUGAGAAAAGACCUCCAUCAACUCAAAGGACCAAGCAACGAGAAGGUCUUCGAGGUACACAUGUCACCAGUCUGGCCUCCAUCCAUGAGGGCCGCACAAAUGUCAUAUCAGAUCUGUCAUACUUCAAUGCCACAAGUUCAGUAGAUGGCUUCAAUGAGCCACACAUUGUCACUCUAAACGCCCAGGUGGGACCCAAGGAUGCAGUCCUCAUUGACAAGGGUCGCUGGUUACUUUGGGAAAUGAGUCCCAAAUCAUCCCCAGAGCCUGAAGACACACCCAUGAAUGUAAAAGAGAAGGAGUCCUUGGCUAAACCAGAGCAGGAUUCUGGGAAAGAGUUUGUUCCAUACUCUUUAUUUGGCCCUACGACCCCUGACGAGGCUCUCGCGGAACAAGGGGAACUUGCUGGGACUCAAGGGAUGAAUUUUACCUACUUUCACCUUCCAAAUGCCAAUGAUUCUGAGCUAGAGGCAGAUAAGCAAAAAACUGACACUCCAAAGAGGAAAACAGAGAACAAAGUGACUCCGCUAACAGAGCCACAUAAAUGUUGGGCUAAGAAACAUAGCAUUCGAACUGUCUUCAGCCCACCAGACAUCAAGAAAUCAGCUAAUAAGGUGCAUCCAGUGACAGAAACGACACUUCCGGUAGUUACCCAGCCAACCAAAGGUCAGAGUGCACAAACAAAGGUUGUAAGGCGCUCUGCAGAACCUGAUGCACUGGAGAUACUAUAUAUGUUUUGUGGAGAGCACUGCCCAAUUCUCUAAACUUGCCUCAGACUGUGAAAAAAAACUUAUUUUGUCUUAAUUAAUCUUAGUCCUCACCUUAACACUGGCAAUGGCCACCAACAUGAACCCAAACAUGAAGGACAUAAGACUGUUGUUAUGGAAGCAUUCAAGUACUUUAAAGGGCUAGUUCACCCAAAAAUGAAAAUUCUGUCACCAGUUAUUCACAGGCCCGGAUCUAGAAAGAUUACAUUAAGGGGGCAAUGACAUACGAAGGAGGGACGUCGGGGGUGGGAGGGUUGGAUGAGCAUGUGUCAUGUUGUUCCAAACCUGUAUAACUUUCUUAGCCUCUGCCAAAAUGUGAACUUUGUACCUGAGAUUUCCUUUUGUGUUCCAUGGGAGGACAGAAAAUCCUCCCGGUUUAGAACAACAUGAGGGUCAGUGAAUGACAAAAUUUUCAUUGUUGGGUGAAAUAUCUUUUUAAAGAGUGUAAAAAAGGUUGGAUGAGGACAGAACUGAGCUGAAGAUUAAAUAUUCUGCUCUGAAUAUUCUGUCUGUGUUAUGAAUUAUAGUGUUUAAUGUGAAACUAAUGUGAAACUACACUUAUUUUGUACCUCAUCAGAUAGUACAUCUGUUAGUCAUUCCAUUAGUAAUGUCAUUAAUAUGCUUUAUAUACUGUAUAUAUAUAUAUAUAUAUAUAUAUAUAUAUAUAUAUAUAUAUAUAUAUAUAUAUAUAAACAAACAAAAUCAUUAUCAAAAUGUGAAUUAUGCUGGGUAAAAGGCAUGGUAAUGCAAAAAUGUCUGGCCGCAAUUAAUUUCUUACCUCUUUAGAAUAUGGACACUUGAGGUGAAACAAGUCAUUUCUGUCUUCUUGCUCAAAUGAUAGAACAUUUGUUGAUGCCAGGACAAGUCAUGUUAUUUGUCUUCAUCCAACAGUGCUUGUUUGUUGUAUGGCCAUGUUGCCUGUCACUGCCCGGGGAAAGAAAAUACAUUUAUUUAAAACAAUUAUAGAUUGUCAGAAAUGUGUGUAUUUUAUCUUGUUUGUUAAUGUGGGCAUGGUUGAUUUAUACCAGACUGAGUUGUUUUUAACUCUUGAUAAAUAAAUGUGUGUGAGGAAGCUGUGCACAGUAAGACUACUCACUGCAUGUAGAAAAGAAAAAAACAAAUCUGUGUUGAUUUGUCAAAAUGCAGCUCCUCAGUCACUGGCAGCUGAUAUUGUGUUAUUUCUUUGAAUUUGUUAUUGAUUAAUAAUUUAAUUAUUAAUAAUCUAUUGUUUGUUGUUUGUUCUUUAUCAUGAACUGGUAAUAUUUCUCUCUGAACACUUGUUUACCACUGGAGGUCAGACUGACCAGUCUACUGCUAUAGCACUCUAAUUCCACUUAGUGGCAGCAUUAGUUCUUAUAAAAUUCUAUUUUAUAUUAAAAGCAUGGUUCAUAUAAUGUUUCUUCAUCAAUUAUUUUUUGCAUGUUCAGCACAUUUUAAUGAUCAUCCUCCCAUACACAA